UGUGUGUGUGUGUGUGUGUGUGUCAGGAGGCAGGAAGAAGGAUCGUGAUAAGGACAACAGACCAGAGAUCUCCUCUCCGUCAGACUUUGAACACACCAUCCAUGUGGGCUUUGACUCCGUCACAGGAGAGUUCACAGGCAUGCCGGAGCAGUGGUCCAAACUGCUCCAGACGUCUAACAUCAGUAAAUCGGAGCAGAAGCAGAAUCCUCAGGCUGUUCUGGACAUUCUCAAGUUCUACGACUCCUCCACCGCAAAACAGAAAUACCUNCGACCUCUACUGUCGACCGAUGCCGAUGAUGAUGCCACACACACACAAACAUACACACACUCACAUACACAGAACCACACAGAACCACACAGACAUCUAAGCUGUGUUAAGGAGUGUGUAUAUUCAUUAUAG